CCCAAACUUCAAUUUUCGCUCAAAUUUGGACGACUAAUCAGUUAUGUGACGCACCAAAUAUUUUCGACGAUUUAUCACCUUUUAUUAUUCCUUUAAUCUCGAUCCAGCAAAUCCGGACCAAUAUUCUUUGGAUACUUGUGUGUGGCAGACUCUUUUAUGUAUAAAAUAUACAGAUUUAUAAUUUUGUGGCGGUAUAAACAAAAAUAUACUACUAACCUGUGACUUGUGAUCCUCUAAUGUUUCUUUGUUUUUUCAUACCUCGAAAUAAAUAAAAAUUGAAAUACCUCUGACAAAGAAAAAAAAGUAAAAGUUGACACAUGAGAGCUUUUCUAUUUAUACAAGCAAAAGACAAUAAAUAUCCUCAAAUCUAUCUUCGUUUCUGACCAAAAAAGUGAACCCAAAGCAAUUUUUUUUUUUUUUAAUCAAGUCAAAUCUUGAUACUUUGAUAGGAAGUAAGAAAAAAAAACAGAGGGGUCCAACUCUACAAAGACCGGUGAGAAUCUAUUAUAGCUACAAAUACCUAUUUUACACUCACAUCUCAAAAUUUCAAACAUAGCAACAGUGCUAAAAGCCUAAAACUCUAAAGUAAAGUAUAAACCACACAUUUACAUGUGAGUAUGUGACAUGUGAAAGAAAAUAUCUAAUUUGGUUACUUGUAGACUUCAAACACAAACUAGAGAAUAAAUGAAAAAGUAGAAUUUGAUUAGUUAACGUACUAAUUACUUAAAUUAGUUUCACUAAUCCAACUUAAGAAAGCCCUUUCACUUACCUUCUUCCUCGCCCUGUGUCUCCAUUAUCCUCUAUCUCUCUUUUGUUUUUUCUCUCUCUCACAGAGAAAAAGAACACAAUGCCAGUUUCUGCAGAGCCUUCUUCAUCUUCUUCAACAACAAUCGGUCAACACAUGAGACUCCAACGACCUAGGAAUCAUCGAAAUCUCCCACCCAUUUCCACCGCCGACGAACCUCUAAUCCCCAAACCUAGCCGCGUCUCUAAAUCCGCCAUGUCUUCCUUCUUCCUCUUGCCAGAAACUACUAAGAAGAAACCCAACGGAACGGCGUCGUUUCGUGGUCUAGGCUGCACAACCUCCGCAUCUCAGCAAGUUUCAGUCCCGGCAGUGAUUCGCUCCUCCGCGGAUUGGGAUGCUAGUAAUUUCAAAAUUAAGAAGACGAAGAAGAAGAACAAGAACAAGGGUAGUAGUAGCUACAAUGGUGGUUCGAUUAAGAUCUUGAGCGAAGCUAGUACUAGUAGUAGCGUCGCUUGCGCAGCGAUUCCUGAUGUUUGGUGUGGUCCUGGAGUUGGGUUUUCAACGGAUGCUGUCGUCGGAGGCUCCAUUGACACAGUUGUUUCAGAUCCUCCGAGAAGGAAUAUUCCGGUGAGACGCAAAAUCGAUGGAGAUAAAACCAAUAGUAACAGUAAUAAUCAUAGAGAGGGUUCUUCUUCUCUUCUUCCUAGACGAUCUCUCAAUCAAGAGUCUAAUCCUUAUUUUGAUUCUGAUUCGAGUUUUUUGACAUCGCGGGCUGAGCAGACUGAUAGAUAUCAUCGUCAUCUAAGACUGCCUUACCCUGAUGGACUCGCUGAGAUGAUGAUGAUGCAGAAUGGUUUUGUGAUGGGAGGAGUAUUAAGCUCAUUCGAUCAAUUCCGUGACAUGAGGCUCAAUGUCGAUAACAUGACAUACGAGGUUGGUAGUGCCUUUCUCACAAAGUACUAGUAAAGAAGCUGAUGAUGAUUUCACUAGGUUCUUGAGUGUUGUUGUGUUUGUUUUGUUGUUAAAAAAAACAGCAACUUUUGGAGCUUGGUGAAAGAAUUGGGCAUGUGAACACUGGACUUACUGAAAAACAGAUCAAAAGUUGUCUUCGGAAAGUCAAACCAUGCCGGCAAGAUACAACAGUUGCUGAUAGAAAGUGCAUCAUCUGUCAAGACGAGUAUGAGGCGAAGGACGAGGUAGGGGAAUUACGAUGUGGGCACAGGUUCCAUAUCGACUGUGUGAAUCAAUGGCUUGUGAGGAAGAACUCUUGUCCGGUCUGUAAAACGAUGGCGUACAAUAAGUCUUAGUUAGAUAUUAUCUCUUCCUGUGAUGUGAUUCUUGAUUUCGGGAUUGAAACCAAAUCACUAUUUUAUGUUAAGAUUCUUUUUUGGCUUUUUAUUCAUGAUUGCUAUUUUUCUGAGGAAAAACUGUUGAGACCUUUGUAUUACCUAUGGAAAAGUCUCGGAGACAUUGUGAACCCCACAUUGCGUGUGGGUUUGUUCAUC